GAAAGCAACCUUCACUACACUGCAUGCAAUAUUGUAUCCCAGAUGCAAAAUCCUUUGGCCACAAGCACGAGUGUCCAUCCUCAGCUGCGCCUGUGCGAGUAGGGGAAGAUGGAGAGCCUGCUGCUGCGGGAGGACCGCAGCUUCGUCAUCGAGAGCGACGACGAGGAGGAUGCCGGCGACGACUCGGACCCCCCCUCCUCCUGCGCCAACUCCUACACCGACCAAUGGCCCCAGAGCUACAAGCAAUCAAUCGACAUUCUUAGUAGGGUGCAAUCGCCCAGCCUGAGUUUUCUGGGGACCCUGACUCCAAGCGGACUGUCCAACUCUUUCCUCAACAGCUCUUUUCAAGGCAAAACCCCGGAAAUCAACUCUAAUCUUGUCAAGCCACUUCUAUGCCCGACAACAAGCGAUGAACAGAAGCAACAACAGCAGCAGCAGCAGCACGAAGAUAUCCGGAAGAGUUCUCAGUACCUUCUGCCAUCGAGAAAACCAUCUCUGCAACAGAUUCCUCAAGAUCAAAAGCCACUGGUGAUUGGUCAUGAGGUUUCUCCCUAUCAAGAAUGCUCUUACACCCAGGGUGCAAUGAAUGGAAUAAAUAUUCUAUGUGGCGUUGGAAUCCUAUCAACACCAUAUGCGAUUAAGCAAGGGGGCUGGCUCGGGCUGGUGACACUAGGUGCAUUUGCCGUGCUCGCAUGGUACACUGGUGUACUCCUGCGCCGUUGCCUAGACAGCACAGAGGGCCUUCAUUCAUACCCGGAUAUUGGUCAUGCUGCCUUUGGCACCACCGGUCGUAUAGCCAUCUCGAUAAUCCUGUACGUGGAACUAUAUGCGUGUGGCAUUGAGUAUUUGAUACUGGAAAGCGACAACUUAUCAAAGUUAUUUCCCGAUGUACACAUAUCCAUUGGGAGCUUGACGCUGAACUCACAUGUAUUCUUUGCAAUCUUGACCACCCUUGUUGUCAUGCCGACCACUUGGCUCCGUGACCUUACCUGUCUGAGCUACAUUUCAGCUGGAGGUGUCAUUGCAUCAAUCCUUCUAGUCAUCUGCCUAUUCUGGAUUGGGGUUGUUGAUAAUGUCGGCUUUGAGAACAAAGGGUCUACAUUAAACCUCCCAGGAUUCCCUAUUGCAAUUGGAUUGUACGGUUAUUGCUACUCGGGGCAUGCGGUGUUCCCAAACAUCUAUUUUUCUCUCAAGAAUCGCAACCAGUUUCCUUCCAUUAUGUUGACUUGCUUUGGGUUUACUACCAUUUUGUUUGCUGCCGCUGCUGUGAUGGGAUACAAAAUGUUUGGUGAGUCCACGGAGUCUCAGUUCACACUUAACUUACCACGGAAUCUGGUGGUUUCCAAGAUUGCCAUUUGGGCUACGGUGGCAAAUCCAAUAACCAAAUAUGCGUUAGACAUAACCCCUUUGGCUAUGAGUUUGGAAGAGUUGCUGCCGCAAAGUCAGCAGAAGUACUCGAACAUAAUCAUCCUUAGAUCAGCCCUAGUGAUCUCAACUCUCGUCGUUGCUCUGCUGGUUCCCUUCUUUGCACUUGUGAUGGCUCUGAUUGGUUCUUUACUCUGCAUGCUUGUGACCUACAUUCUACCUUGUGCCUGCUUUUUGGCUAUCCUUAAGAAAAAAGUGACUUGGUAUCAGGCUGCGAUCUGCUCAUUCAUCAUUGUCGUAGGGGUUACCUGCGCUUGUGUGGGGACAUACUCAUCCAUCUCCGGAAUUAUCCAGAACUACAACACAUGACUAUUCAUAAUUCCUCCCCAAAAUACAUAUAAUAUAGAAGAUUGCUUGCUCAACCACAUUAUUAUAUGUAUAAUUAAGCAUAUCUAUGAGCAGAGCAUAUAAAUUUUGCCCAACAAUAAAGUCAAACCCAUCGAUAUGUGAUGUAGAAUUAAAUUUGUAUUCUUAUUUACUUUGUGGCAACUCGAUGCAUGUCUGAUAAGAUUGUAUGUUGAUGGAUUUUUUUUA